AUGGGCCCCUGUACCGCCUCCUCAUGCUGCUGCCAGGCCCGUAAUCUGCCAUGGGCCCCUGUACCGCCUCCUCAUGCUGCUGCCAGGCCCGUAAUCUGCCAUGGGCCCCUGUACCGCCUCCUCAUGCUGCUGCCAGGUCCAGAGUCUCUCAUGGGUCCCUGUACGGCCUCCCAUUGCUGCUGUCUCCAUCGCCACACUCUGCCAUGUGCCACUUUCAGGUCUCCUCACACUGCUGGUGUGUUCCAUUUUUUGUCAUAGGGUGCUGGCAGAUUACGGGCCUCCCAUUGCUGCUGCCAGGCCCGUAAUCUGCCAUGGGCCCCCUGUACCGCCUCCUCAUGCUGCUGCCAGGUCCAGAGUGUCUCAUGGGUCCCUGUACGGCCUCCCAUUGCUGCUGUCUCCAUCGCCACACUCUGCCAUGUGCCACUUUCAGGUCUCCUCACACUGCUGGUGUGUUCCAUUUUUUGUCAUAGGGUGC